UGGGAUGGUGGGGGUUGAUGCUUAUGCUUACUUAUGGUUAUGCUUACGCUCAUGUUAAGGUUUAUUACAUAUGUCCGCGGCUGGGUGGGAGUUAGGCAGGAGGAGAAAAGGACGAACAGCGUCGGGCCUGCAAAAACCCCCAAAGAAAAUGAUGGCGAUGAUAGAUGUAGAAAAAGAACUGAGUUACUAUCUAUCAACUUCCAUCCACGCCGUCUCCCACGUCUUAAGAUCAAUCGGUGUGGGGGGAAGAAGAAAAAAUAAAAAAGAAAUGACAAGAGUGGGAUUCGAACCCACGCCAUCUUACGAUGAUCAGGAAGCUGUGAAGCUGGGUAUUAAGGUGGACCUUAACC